UGCAGAUGUCAAUAACACUAUUUGAGACAGCUGAUAAGUUUACAAUAUUUUGGAAACUUAAAAAGGGGUUAAGACAUUCCAAAUACAUUUUUUAGAAAGAAGUAUGAUAAAGAUAUGGGUUCAAAGUUUGGAGAUUUGUUAAAGGCACUUACAAAAGAACAAAGUAGUAAAAGUAUAUUGAAAAUUUUAUCCAGCAUAAGGAAAGGAGUAGAGUGGCCUAAAAAUAAAUCUAAUAUUGAUAAAAUUCGUGAAAUGGGGUCUUUGAAAUAUUUUAUUAUCAAUUUAAAUUCGCGACAUAAGCACAUAGUUGAUGUGAGCCUUAGUAUUUUAGGAAAUGCUUGUAUGGAUUACAACUGUGCGAGAGAUUUAGUGGGAUUGUACAAUAUUAUACAUAUUUUAAGUAAAAUUUUGCAACGUUAUACAAUAGAAGAUAGCAUUAAUGGAAGAAUAUUUAGAAUAAUUGGUAACCUUUGUCAACAUUCUGACGAUUUGGUGAAAAUUAUUUUAGAUCAAGAACCACAAAUUCUCACACAACUUUUGGAUACAUUAAAAAGCACUAUCCAAGAUAUUUCAGAAACCCAUAUAAAUUACUCAGAAGCAACUAUUAUUAUGGGUUUAAGAGCAUUAAGGUAUAUGAUCUCCCGUCAAAGUUUAAAGAAAUAUCAAAUAGUACAAACUGUGGGUAGCCUAUUUUUUAAAAUCAGCCAGGAAUGGCAAAAAAAUAAGUCUCAAGAAAAUACUUUAGAUGCUGUUAUAAACUUAUUAUAUAAGAUAUCCAAAUAUAAAGAGUACGAUACAAUAAUAAUAUUAAAAAAUUUGGAUUGUGGAAAUGCAUUGGAGGAACUGCCAAAAGUGCUACUACAUAAUCCCAGCAAGAUCAUGAGUAUUAUUGUUAAUUUUAUCGGGAUUAGUAAAUUUAAAUCAGAUCUACCGGUACCAGAGAUUUGUACUAAAUUUGUGGAUGAAGUUGUUAGAAAACAUAUAGACGCAGAUACUACAGAAUUCAGCAAAGAAUCCCUGGAGCAUAUUUACUACCUCUGUACUCUUCUUGACCAUCCGGCGAAUCGAAACGGUUAUAAUUGUGCCAAGACUAUUCCACUUUUGAUCCAAGUACUAGAAAAGUUGAAAGCCCCUACAGAUGAUCAUAUAAAAUGCUCCAUUUUGCUUGUCAGCACUCUUAAUAAAUGUCAAUACGAAGAAAGUUUAUUACAAGAUCAAUUGAAAUGUAAUAUUUUAGAUGUCAUUAUUAAAAAAAUGCGAUGGAUUAUUAAUGACACAGAUAUUUAUUCCAAACAUAGAUUCAGGAAAGGUUUUAAGAGAAAAUCUUCUACAUUAAUAAGAAAAUUGCAGUUUGAAGAUGCAGAUGUACAGCUACUGGAAGAUCUCGAAAGGAAGAGAGCAUGUACUUGUUUAGAAUGUGUCGAUGAAAAUUGUACCAUCUAUUAUUCUUAUUCCGGUUUAUCUCCAAGUAUUAUUGCAGAAAACAGACACCGACAACUUUCUCCAGUGUCAAGCGAUGAUGAAUUUAGUUUUAUGUCAAGUUUUAAAUUUGACAGGAGUCCUAGUCCUUGUUCAAGUACGAACAGUGAUUACGCAGCAUUAACUUGGACAUCUCCUUGUUCUAGUCCUAGAUCCUCAAAAAAUGAUGCUUCUUCUUAUUCAGACUCUGAUGACUAUUCCCCGGUUUGCAGUGAAGCAGAUAGCACAGAAUUUCCAGUAUCUGAUUAUUUAGAGGAAGAAUUAGAUGAAGAUUCACAAUCAGAUUUAUCAGAAAUUAAAGAACAAAUCCCUGUUGAAAAAACUCUAGAACAUAACAGCACCACAAAUUUAAAAAUGCGCCUGAUAUCCGAAAUAACAAAAUUAAUAAAAUCGUACGUGAAGAUUGAACCACCAGUUCCACAACUAGCUUCCGAGGAAUUAUUAAUAGCUCUUAUUAACUGUUCGGAAUCUUUCAAUAGCAAACAAUCUACUUACAUCACUACAAUAAACGUUGCUUGUGAUAUUCUUCGUUCACCUUUAUAUUUACUACCUUUGAUGAAAACCACUUUUAUAGAAAAGAUUUAUAAAUUGACGGAAUUAGCACAUACUUCGCGUUGCAUUAUCUGCGUAGAUCAUUCUUGUAUAGGGAAAAUGAUAUUGAAAAGAAUAACGUAUUUAGCGGAAUGUGCAGCAGGAAAAGGAGAUAUCGCUCACGAAUUACUGAGAGCUAAUAAUGAUGUUAAAGUUCAACUGGUCCUAGUUAUUCCUUAUAUUAUAGACGACAAGAAAAUCUUAUCGAAGCUUCUGAUAAAUUGUGGAGGUCUGAACAUCCUGAUGAAGUUGCUAACAGAAGAUUCCAUCUAUAAACAGCGUACGAUUAAAGUAAUUUGUUCGUUGGCUUCUCGGAAACUCAACAUAGCUAAUCCCAGAAAACUUGCUAUGGACAUAGGUGACAAUAUAAGUGUGAGGGUUAAAACGCCGGACGAUCCGGCGAACAUUGUGACGUUUAAAUUAGACGACGGGAGUUGUAUCGAAGCCGACAGAGACGUUUUAAUUGAAAAAUCGGAUUAUUUUAACAGUUUACUCAACGGACAUUUCAAAGAAAAAAACGAAGAAAUUAUUUAUUUACAUAACGUGGAAUUCAAAACGCUAAAUUGUUUAUUGAAUUUAAUCAAAUCGAAUUCGAGUUUGGAUCAAGUCGAUGUAGAUACGUUGUUGGAUGUCAUAGUUUUAAGCGAUCGGUACUUGAUGAACGACAUCUGUUGUUUUGUAAGGAACUACGUGGAAAAACACACGUUUUCCUUUAAAACCGUACCUACAAUUUACAAAUGGUCACUAGAAUCUGGUUUAAAUUUACUUCGGAUCGAAUGUAUUGCAUUCGCUUUGGUAACUAAGCUCAUGGAUAGCAGUAGGUUUUCAAUGUUUGAUGGCUUAUUUGAACUCGGAUAUUCUAAUGAAUUAGUAGAGGAUAUAAGGGCGCUUUUAGUUAGAUAUUUAGGGACGUUUUCGAGAUGAGCAUGAAUGUGAUAUUAUUUUUAUAUAUGACUGACUGUAUUUUUAUAAGGACUAGUAAUAUAUGACUUAUUAAGUUCAUUAUCAUUUAUUACAUCCAUUAAUGUAUCUUCGGACUAACUAAUGGUGGUUGACCAUAUUCUUUGUAUUAAAACUAUUAUGCAGGAAAAUAAUCAAUUAAACUUUGUUUCAAUAAUCCGACGAACAUCAAACUAUUGAGAGCCUCAUAUCUGUUUACAAAUCACCUUAAAUACCAAAUUCCUAUUGUAAUAAAGCGUUAAGAGUCACAUCAAUACAAAAAUCAAAGUAAGUAAUUUGAUACGUUAAGGUGUUCCAAGUCCAAGUGUCCUUUAAACAAAUGGAAUCGCUUAACUAUGACGUUGGUUCCCAUUAGAAGCGGUCGGUUUACAAUAAAUCUUAACGAAUACAAUAAUAAAUUGAAUUUAGGUAGGUGAAUUUGUGAUUUUUCAGUCACAUUAAUAUAAGACAAAAAUUAGGUAAUCCGAGACUAUACGCCAAUAUAAAAUAAAAGUAAUUUGAUACGUUAAUGGAGCUUCAAGUGUCUAAGGGACACUUUGAAUCGCUUAACUAUGACGUUGGUUCCCAUUAGAAGCGGUCGGUUUACAAUAAAUCUAAACUAAUAUAAUAAUAAAUUGAAUUUCGGUAGGUAAAUUUAAUAUAAGACAAAAUUCAAGUAACCUGAGACGUUAUGUUAAUGGAGGGUUAAAUAAAGGACAUGUUGUAUCUCUGUCUGGGUUAAAUUCGUGCAAUAUUGCCUAAUUUUAAAUAGAAUGUCAGAACAACAUCCACAUUACUUCCUCAUUCGAUUUUUUAUUGGCCCAGAAAUGAAAUAAAACAAUUUUUAUUAAAUAUAUGGUU